AACGCAUAUCCCAAUUCCAUGUGUAGGACCAUUUUUCUCAUUCACAAAACAAACACUCACUAGCCCAACAACUUCCAUUCGGUGUUGUCCAACCAACCUCAGCAUCUCCAUUUUUCUCAAAAAUUGCCAUUUUCUUGAUCCCAGUUGCUUUCUUUCUCUUUGCCUCUAUCUCUAAUGUCAAACUGUAAGGUCGAGACCUGCACAGUUGAGACCAGUGAUGGAGUCAAACUCAGCACAAGGCUCUUCAAACCAAGAGAAGAGAUCAACAAGGGCAACCCUGUAGUGGUUCUGGUGCACCCAUACUCAGUCUUGGGUGGUUGCCAAGGCCUUUUGAGAGGUAUAGCAGCUGGGUUGGCAGAUAGAGGCUACAAAGCUGUGACCUUUGACAUGAGAGGGGUUGGGAGGUCAACAGGGAGGGCUUCUCUUACUGGGUUUGCAGAAAUCAAGGAUGUGAUUGCUGUGUGCAAAUGGGUCUGCGAGAAUCUCUCUGCCGACAGGAUUUUGUUGGUGGGUUCUUCUGCAGGUGCCCCAAUUGCAGGCUCUGCAGUAGAUCAGAUUGAACAAGUUGUGGGUUAUGUUAGUCUGGGGUAUCCUUUCGGCAUGAUUGCCUCAAUACUUUUUGGGAGACACCACAAAGCCGUACUACAAUCUCCAAAACCAAAAUUUUUCAUAAUGGGGACCAAGGAUGGGUUCACAAGUGUUCAGCAGCUCAAGAACAAGCUAAGUUCAGCAGCCGGGCGCGUCGAAACACACCUGAUUGAAGGAGUAAGCCACUUCCAAAUGGAAGGCCCUGCUUAUGACGCACAGAUGGUGAAUCUUAUCCUUGAAUUUAUUGCAUCAUUGUAGAUAAUCAACCAUUUGUAAUGGGGUUGUGUUCUCAGUCAGAACUGAUCAGAUUCCCUUGUUAGCUCUCUCUUCUGCUGUUGUAUGUAUAAUAGGCUAACUUGUUAUCGUGUGUAAUUUGCAGGAGCUUAGUUGGUUUGCAUACUCUGUGCCA